GAGGGCUGCUUUCCUCCACUGAGCAGCUCUCAGCUGACACAGACCCCAGGGCAGCUCCUCCUGCACGCAGGCUCAGAGCUGACCUUCCAAACAGCCAGGCCAGAAGCGUCUCUGUUCAGAUACCAGACUCAGGACAGGAUGGGUAUCCCAGUGCACCGGGUGUCACUGGGCGACGCCUGGAGCAGCCAAAUGCACCCCGACAUGGAGAGCGAGAGGUGUGUGCAGUCCUUCAGCGUGGAACGGCUCACCAACAUCCUUGACGGAGGUGCCCAGCACACCGCGCUCCGGAGGAAAGUUGAGAGCAUCAUCCACGGCGAGCUCCAGUUUAGCAGGAAGGACAACUACUUCAUGAGCCAGAAUGAGCUCUACGAAGCUGCCACGCGGAACAGAUACCACCUGCAGAAGAUAGCACAGCGCCUAGGCUGGUCGGAAGAGGGUCGGGAAUUAGAAUACGCUUACAGAGUUCUUUCUUUAGACCUGAACCUAAAUUUACAAAUCGUCUUCCUGAAAGCCCUCAGGAGCCUGGGCUCAGAGGAGCAGAUUGCCAAAUGGGAGCCACUUGGCAAAACGUACCAGAUCAUUUCAACAUAUGCCCAGACAGAACUGGGGCACGGGACGUACCUUCAAGGCCUGGAGACCGAAGCCACCUACGAUGCGGCCACCCAGGAGUUUGUGAUUCAUAGCCCGACAGUCACUGCCACCAAAUGGUGGCCUGGGGACUUGGGGCGCUCGGCCACCCACGCCCUGAUCCUGGCCCAGCUCAUCUGCUCGGGAGCCCGGCGGGGCAUGCAUGCCUUUAUCGUGCCUGUCCGGAGCCUCCAGGACCACACUCCACUGCCAGGAAUCACCAUUGGGGAUAUUGGGCCCAAGAUGGGCCUUCAACACAUUGACAAUGGCUUCCUGAAAAUGGACCAUGUGCGGGUCCCCAGGGAGAACAUGCUGAGUCGUUUUGCACAGGUCUUGCCAGACGGCACCUACAUCAAACUUGGGACAGCACAGAGCAAUUAUCUUGGCAUGCUGGUGACACGGGUGCACCUGCUGUUGGGCACGAUCCUACCCCCACUGCAGAAGGCUUGCGUCAUUGCCACGCGCUACUCGGUCAUCCGCCGCCAGUGCCGGCUCCAGCCCAGUGAUCCAGAGGUCAAAAUCCUAGAGCACCAGACACAGCAGCAGAAGCUCUUUCCUCAACUGGCCAUGUGUUACGCCUUCCACUUCCUGGCGACCGGCCUCUUGGAAUUCUUCCAACAGGCAUAUAAGGACAUUCUGGAGCGAGAUUUCACACUCCUGCCUGAGCUCCACGCGCUAAGCACAGGGGCGAAGGCCAUGAUGUCGGACUUCUGCACCCAGGGAGCCGAGCAGUGCCGCAGGGCCUGCGGUGGGCACGGCUACUCCAAGCUCAGUGGCCUGCCAUCACUGGUCACCAAUGUGACGGCCUCCUGUACCUACGAGGGUGAGAACACGGUGCUCUACUUGCAGGUAGCCAGGUUUCUGGUGAAGAGCUGCCUGCAGGCUCAGGGGUUUCCAGGCUCCACAUCACAGCGCUCCCUCCCUCGAUCUGUGUCAUAUCUCGCUCUGCCUGAUCUGGCCAGGUGCCCAGCACAGACAGCAGUCGACUUCUUCUGCCCAGAGCUCUACACAGCGGCCUGGGCACAUGUGGCAGCCAGGCUCACAAAGGACUCGGUGCAUCGUUUACAGGCCCUGAGGCAAUCUGGGGCCGGUGAGCAUGAGGCCUGGAACCAGACAACGAUCAUACACCUCCAGGCUGCUAAGGCACACUGCUACUACAUCUCUGUGAAGAGUUUCAAGGAGGCUCUGGAGAAGCUGGAGAACGAGCCAGCCAUUCAGCAGGUGCUCAAACGCCUCUGUGACCUCCACGCCCUGCAAGGUAUCCUGACUAACUCAGGUGACUUUCUCCAUGACGGCUUCCUGUCUGGGGCCCAAGUAGACAUGGCCAGAACAGCCUACAUGGACCUGCUCCCCCUGAUCCGGAAGGAUGCCAUCCUGUUAACCGAUGCUUUUGACUUCACCGACCAGUGUUUAAAUUCAGCACUUGGUUGUUACGAUGGAAAUGUCUACGAACGUCUGUUCGAGUGGGCACAGCGGUCACCAGCCAAUACCCAGGAGAACCCUGCGUAUAAGAAAUAUAUACAGCCGCUAUUACAAAGUUGGAAAUCCAACCUAUGAAAUGACCAAUACUAUUCAGAAAGCAAGCAGCACCACUCUGUGAUCACGGUACUAUGGCACAUAUAGAAAAUGCAAAUCUUAAAUGAUAAAUGUACUCUCUUAUUCAUUAUUUUUUAGAUGCAGCCUGAAGUAGUAUCAUGAAACAGUAUCUGAUUUAUCUCAAUACAAUCCAUAACAGAAUAAAAUGAAGUAAAUGAUCA